AGAAAGUUUUUAUAGUUAUAGAGAGAGAAGUGUUACUUUGUGUGAAUUAAUUAAUUAAGAAGAUGGCUGAAAAAGAUGAUGGGUUAGGGUUGAGUUUGAGCUUAGGAUGCCCGGAUAAUAAUCAGAUUCAAAAUCACCACCCCUCUCCGGCGGCGACGCCGCCGCCGCCGCCAACGGCGGCGACCCGUUUUCCGUUAAAUUUUUUCAGGUCUCCUCUGCCAUUUAUGCAGCAGCAUGUUUCUUCAAGCAGUGAUGCAUUUCACCCCUCCUCCACUGAUCGGAAUGCGGAGGCGAGAUCGUCGUUGUUCAGAGGGAUCGAUAUGAAUAUUCGGGCGGUUUCGGUUAUCGACUGCGACGAAGAGGUGAUGGUUUCUUCCCCGAACAGCACGGUGUCGAGCUUGAGCGGGAAGAGGAGCGAGAGGGAGGACAACGACGGCGAGUCCCUCGACCUCGACGACGACGGCGGCGACGGCGGUGACGCGGCGGCGAGGAAGAAGCUCCGCCUCUCCAAGGAGCAGGCGGCUGUUCUCGAGGAGACCUUCAAGGAGCACAAUACCCUGAAUCCGAAGCAAAAAAUGGCUUUGGCGAAACAACUAAAUCUGAGGGCUAGACAAGUGGAGGUUUGGUUUCAGAACAGAAGGGCAAGGACGAAAUUGAAGCAAACCGAGGUCGACUGCGAGUAUCUAAGGCGUUGCUGCGAGAAUCUAACGGACGAAAACCGACGGUUGCAAAAAGAAGUGACGGAAUUGAGGGCACUAAAGCUCUCCCCACAAUUCUACAUGAAUAUGAGCCCUCCCACCACACUCACCAUGUGCCCGCAAUGCGAGCGCGUCGCGGUCUCGUCUUCUUCCUCGUCGGCCGCAAGCGCGUCUCUCGAUCGACCCACCACAAACGGGUCGACCCAUCACCACCACCACCGACCCGUGCCCAUGAACUCGUGGGCCGCGGUUAUUCCGCCCCACCACCACCGCACCGGGUCGUAAGUAUUCGCUCCAAGGACGAGGGCGGUGUGGUAAUUUUGCGCCGAAAAUUAAAGAUUGUAAAGGAAAUUUAAUUUGUGUGGUGGAGGUAGAGAGGUUCUUUUCUUAGUGUGUCUAUAGCUUUGGGUAGGACUUAGGAGUAUGAGAUUUGAGUUGAUUAAAUUAUGUAGGAUUAUUGUUCCAACUUUUUUUUUUAAUUUAUUCUUUUUUAUUUUCUUUAUAAAUGUUAAUUGGAUAAGAUAACUUAGACAAAAUUUAAAUUAGUUUUAUUACAAGAUGAGAUAUUAUUACCAUCAUUGAAAUACAUAUGCUUUUUGGC